UUGCGUUUAGUUUCCCCAAUAUAUUGAAGGUUACAGCGGUUACAUUGAAUCAUAUAAAUCACGUUUUUAGUAUUGCAGGUUAUGUGGGAGGUUAUAGGUCGUGUUUCACCUGUUGAGAAAAAUGUGUAGCUUGUAAGGCCAUCGGUUCUAAUAUAGGGGCAGGUUAGGCAGUUUUUUCCGCAACGGAAAGCACCGGGAGGUUGGUUGGUGGGAGAGCGGUCGGAAGGUAGCUUGGCUUUAACGAGGAUGUCGCGGAGGUUAGGUGAGCGGCGAAAGGCGACAAGAGGGGGCUCAGUGAAAACCUUAUGGCAUCGCUUAGACGAGAGUAGAAGGUUGUAGUUUCUACGGAUUAUGUUGUUGAUGUAAGGUAGUGUAGGGUUAUAGGUAGUGACAAAGGGGAUGCGACGGGAGUUUUUGUGGUUGUUAUUAUUAGGGCGUAGGGCGUCAAUGCGGGAAAUGUUAGCAACGCGUAGGAUUUGUCUCUUGAGAAAAGCGGGUUUAUAGCCACGCUUGAGGAGGUAGUUGGUGAGUUCAUUGCAGUGGUUAUUAAAGCUUUCUUCUGUAGAACAAAUGCGGCGAAUACGGAGGGCGAGGCUAUAGGGGAUGGCCUUUUUGGUGUGAUGAGGAUGGCAAGAUGAAAAAAGAAGGUGUUGGUGUUUGUCAGUAGGUUUGGAGUAGAGGUUUUAUUAAUUAAUCAACUGUCGACGCAGACCACAAGGUCCGACGCACACCAGCAGAUAGAGGCUGUCCGGUGGUUUCUUCCUACGUUUUUGUAUUAUCCACAGGCAGCCCAAACAGAAAUCUCGUUACCAGGGUUUACGAUGGAAGCUACGUAUUUCCUUCGUUUGAUCCUGGCAGCUAUUGUACUGUUAAAAACAUCUCAAGCAGCGACAUUCAGUUUUGGGAAAGGUGGUUUUGCUGCAGCUAUUCAGUACGUCUCAGAGCAAGGAAAAUGCUUUGGCGUGACGGACACGUUGAACCCCACACUCACAUUGACAUCUGACUGUGAUAAGCUAUACCGACUGCUGCCGAGUGGAAAACUCAUGGACGAAGACUCUAGCCCCCCUGUGUGUGUGGCUGGUAGGCAGACAGAUGAAUGGAAAUUGAAGUAUUAUCCCUGUGAAGACAUCCAGAAUGGGGUCUUCAAUUACUGUGGACACACUGAAUACUUGCUUAAGGAAGAAGACUCAGAUCGAACCGUUGGCUACACUGUGGAUCCUACCGACAGCUCGCGUAAAGUUCUCGCGCUAGUGGGGAAUCAAUGUCAAGCUAUGCAUCGAGUAGUACACCGAUUUAUUGCUCCAGGAGAAACAUAUGUCAACCAACUGUAUAUCAACAUGAUGAAAGCAGACGCUUUCGCCCAAAAGUGCAGUGAAAUCAAAAGAAGAGUUUGUACACGGGCAGAAGUGUGCCCAAACGGGCCUCGUGAGCAGAGUCUUGUCACUACCAAACAAGAAUUUGAAACCCCAAUGUUCAUCUACGAUGGUCGUUCGAUAUCGCCAACUACGUGCGAGGUAGUAGAAACAAAAGAUAGUUUCUACGGCAUGUGUUGUCCAGAGAAGUUCCCGACCCCCAAAUCAUACGCUAAAGAAGGUGUUGGAAUCAUAAUUCACCAGAGCGGGAAGUGUAUAAACGUGAUAAACGGGCUUGUCAAGUUGAAGGAUCAAUGUUCUGGUUCGAGUGCAGCCUUGCAAUGGGCCUCAGACGGUUCUCUAAGACUUCUGGAUGAUUCAAAUUGUCUCAAGCAGGAAGACAUUGGCUCCGAAUCAAAACUUGUCAGCCAUGACUGCAGUGGUGACCAGGCACUGUUCCAGUUUACAAAGAACAAUUACCUUCAGGACUUGAAAACCAGUCGAUGCUUGGUCCCUGACGCCGAGUCAGAUGAUGGAAAAAUAAAUCCAGCUGAGAACACAGAGCUCAUGUUGAGGGACGAGUGUACGUCUGUUGGGUCCUUCUUCAAAUUUCAAGUGCUUGAGGGGCUGAUAAAGAAUGUUGGCAAUGGUCAAUGUGUUGCUGCGGUAACAGUAGAAGGCAGUCAAGAUAUGCAGCUGACACUCCAGGAGGACUGUGACCUAGGCCUCUACAAAGUCAUCAUGCCUAAACAAAAAUCAACAGUUCAGUUCAUGGUCAGCGGUAAAUGCCUGUCAGCGGACGUCGAAAAUAGUCAGGUUACAUUGAAUGACUGUCCAGCAACGGUAGAUGCAGACGACCCAGCGUGUUUCAGUUACAAAGGCAGCAAGUUAAGACCAUGUAGUGAUGACAGCAAGUGCAUCGUGGUCAGCGGUACCACUCUCGGCGUCAGUACUUCAUGUGGACAGCCUGACUCAUCUUUCCACAUUGUAGAUGUGCAAACCAAAUGCGAUACCGAACAAUGCAAAUGCAGUGAAGGCUUUCAGGGAAAGGGCACAGCUUGCCUCCCGAUUAAUCCAUGUCAUGAAGCAAACCAAGGUGGCUGUGAAGGUAGGGCCAUUUGCGUGUACACUGGCCCUGGAAAAAGCAUUUGUAAGUGCCCACCUGGUUACAAGCUAGACGAGAGCCAGGCGCGAUGCACAUUGUGCCCAGAUGGUAACUGUUUUGUGGGUUGUGAUUUCUACAAUAGCGAAGAACUCAAGACCGCAUUAAGUGAACAGGACUCUAUAGUACUUCGGUUUGCAUAUUUGAAGACCUCGGCUCUAGCAGACUACGUCCAAAAGACCGGCAAACCCCAAAAUGUUGUGGUUUAUACCCAGCACCUUGUUAUUGAAGGGUUUGUGGAGGUCAAGCGCCAAACUAAACUCGCAAUUUUUGCGAGGGAAGUAACUAAAGUAGAUGGUGCACAAAUUGAGCUUUUCGCGCUUGAUCCCGGUAAUAUCCCAGGGUUCGGGACCUCUUAUCGGAGGUCCAUUGCCAAGGUUGAAGGGGGCGAAUUCAAGUGCGAGGACUCGUACUUUCCGCCAAGUAGGGACACUGUGACAUCAGGUGCUACUUUAACUAUCUACCAAGGUAACAGCGGUUCUCCAUUCACUUGCUCUGCAAACUACAACAACAUCGCUCUUGUUACACUAGAAACUCUUGAAAAAAAAAAGGUUUUGAAACAUGCUUUAGAUGUGGAGUUCCUUCAUCUAAGCUUAGCUUGCGCCAAGGUGAUGGCCCAAGAUAGAGAUAUCUACCUUACGAAGGACGGCAAACAUUCUCUAAUUGCAAGCCAGCCAAUGCAGAUAAUCGAGUAUGUAAAGGAGCAAGUUGAGUUUGUCCGUGAUGUACCAGAGCUGACAGAGCAAGAGAUCUCUGAUUUGAAUGGUGUUGGCAUUGCAGCGUCUGACGUGCGAGAGAGGUUACUUGCACGCGCACAGGGACUUACAUUUGUACCAUACCUGUCACUGAAGGCAUAUGAAAAACUUCUAGUUUUACUCAAAGAUGACGCAAAGCUAGCGAUAGACCAAUAUGAGAGAUACCGAAAAACCUCAGAGGACCUGAAACACAGAAUUGAUGCAACGACGUCCAUGACACACAUCAUGACAGCAAUUGUUCGCUCAAAUGAUUUUAAUAUUGAGGCAAUGAAACGCGAACUUGACAAAACAAUAAAAGACCAAAAGCUUCUAAAAGAUAAGUUGAAGGAAGCAGAAGUUGCUCUAGAGGCAGCCAGGAAAGUAUUUGAGAAAGAGGUGGAGGUCUACAAGCAGAAAAUGAUAGUAAACGCCGUCUUUUCCAUACUUGGAGCAAUCACAGGGGCGCUGUCAGGGGGGUUUAAUACCGUCGCUGCUAUUGGAGAAGUUGCAGAAGACAUGACAAAGUUUGCUCGGAUCAUAAUCAAGAUAGGAGCAAUAAUGGAAACGAUUGGGUCAGUUGCAGCUCUUGCAGAAAGUUUUAAAGAUUUCCAUUACGACCAAAAACCGUACAUCACUACAAAUGCUGAAGGUUACUACAAAGAGAGGAAAAUUGUAGAUGCGAAUGAUGAGAGCUUUGCCGUCGCGGUGAAAGAUUGGGACGUCAUGGUUGCAGAAGCAGAGGGUGCACUUGCGAUUGGAACUGCGGCAAAUGAAAUUGGGGGCACUGGGUCGUACCUUGCUGCUUUGAGGACUGUUGCCAUCUGGGGCAAGGCUGUGCAUGAAAAAUCAAUUGCGAUGAAAUCCCUCGUAAACAAGUUAAGUAGUUUGACUGCACUUCAGAAAGAACAGGACGCGGCGAAAGGAAAAAUAGGACAAGCAAUCGCCGAAUCGGAAAACUUGGGUAGAGUCAAUGGAGAACUUCUUGUUCAAAUGGGUCUUCAAAAGGAACGUCUUAGGUUUGCCAUGGUGGAUACAUUGAUGACAUUUUGUGAUUCCUACUUUUAUAACUGGAUGGCCGAGUGUCCUGUUCAACCAACCUUGUCUGAUGAUCUGUUUUCAUUGCACAGCAAAGUGAAUGAAGGUCUGAGCGCAGUCGUCAUCGCCGUAGAAAGCUUUGCGCCGUUCACUGCACAGCAAUUUGAAGCGACCAAAGUGAUCAGUAACACACCCGUGUGCAACAAAGGGGAUGGGAAAGAACACUAUCCAAAACCAGAUGUUAUCCCGACACUGACCCAAUGCCAGCCGAUUGAUAAACUAAAAGAAACUGGUACUUUGCUGUAUAAUCUAGAGCGUGACGACGAGGACGUGUUGAAAGGAUACGAGCGAGUGCACGUCGAAGAGUUGGAGGUCUACCUUGAAGGCGCUACAAUCGACGAAGGAAAGCCCAUCACCAUCUUCAUCUCCUUCAGCGGAUACAUGAACGACGUUUUCAAGGGCAAAGAUUACCAUUUCGUUACGCCACCAAGAAUCAUCGUAUUCUCCUACUUACCCGGGGAUAACCCUAAAAUUGUACAGCCCGGCAGAGUCGCUGAUAAAUUUGAGGAGUAUUAUGACGGAAUUUCAGCUAUGACGUUAUGGUCUAUUACAGUGCCAAGAAAUGAAAAUCACAGCAGUUUGAAUGUUGCAGGCGUCACCAACGUUGUUAUGAAGUUUAAGGGAAGUCGUGUACAUAAAGGAGAAGGGGAGGUAAUGACUGUCUCCGAGGGAAAGAAGAAGUCGAAGAAGAAGAGAAAGGCAAAGGGAAAGAAAAGAAAGGAAAGGGGAAAGAAGAAAGGGACAAGAAGAAUGGAAGAAAGAAAAAUUGGAUUCAGUCGUCCUUUGAGAUACGGUGGAGAGAGAAUGAUGAAGAUAAGUGGCUAAAAUGCAGGAUACAUUGGAAAAUGAAAAAGUAUAUCAAAAUACCAAAUUCGUUAAUUACUAAUAAUCUAAGUAAAAAGCUUAAUGAAGCAUGCAUGGCAAGUAUAUAAUAUAUAGGUAUAUCAGGGAUCGCUUUUCGAAAUAAAAUGUCUUGGUAUUCGGAAUUUGUUGACAAGUGGCAUCAUAACCUACCCAGACAAACUAUCACACUAAAAAAAUAUUAUGAAAUAGAGCUUUCGCAACUCUUCCAUAAAUGUGUUAUCCACAAGCAGCAGCUUUUAACCUCUUCAAACCUGGCAUCUGCAAAAGUAACAGAAGCCUUAGCCAAACCCAAAGAGUGAUGCAAGGUCAACGCCGCCUCGCUUUCAAACAAGGGCCUCACUUUCUCAGCGAAUAGAACAAUAAAUAGGAAUUAAACGUCAAAUAACAUUUCUGCGAGCGACACCCUUUAUGAUAUUCAAAUGUAUUUAUGUCAAGCAUAAGCAGCAAAGUAAAAUGAAAUAAAAGAAUAUUAAAACAA